ACUUCAAACUCGAAUUUCAAAGCUUAAAUGGAUUAUGGAUUAUAAACAUAAAAAUAAAAAUAAUAUUCAAAUAAUAUUUCAGGUAUAUUAAUAAUAAUUAUCAAGUGAUCUCAACUUAAUGAUUAUUCUUUGAUAAUAUCUAAAUAAGGUGUUAUAAAUAAUAAGAAUUGAUCAGUCAUGUAUAAAAAAGAAAAUAAUAUUCUAAUUAAUUAAAAUCGGAGUUGAAAAUCAAUUGUUAUUUUGAAGGUAUCCAGAAAUCAUCAGUUUAUUGUACCGACUACAGUAUUUAUUUUAUUUUUUUAUUAUAAUUUUAGUACAGAACCACUAUUCAUCAUGUUCAAUAUACUCCUAUCAUAAUUCUGCAGACAUGAAUAUAUUGUGGAUACAAAAACGUAAAUGCCUCAAACUGUUGAUAUGUUUUGCCAUUGGAAUGAUAAUAUGUUUUUAUCUGCUCAGCCAAUAUAUUUCUUUGAACUUCUAUCAUUUUCUUUAUCAUAUCAAUAGUAUACACUGUUAUCAAAUGAAAUCUGAAUCUCUUCCUGAGAUAUCAGAGGUAACCCCCACAAAAGGGAAAUCCAUAUUUUUCCAUGAAACAUCCUGCAAAUCAUUCAUAAAUGGAAAAAUCUGGAUAUCAGCUCGCCAAGCAUGUGCAGUGGAAAGUGCGGCCAAAAUGAAUCCAAACUUAGAUGUCUACCUCCUUUACACAUCACCAGGAGUCUUCCACUUCAAAGAUGACGAGUCUGAUAGGAUUCUGCAGGCAUUAAUGACUUAUGAUAACAUAAGAAUAAUGCACUUAGAUUAUGAGAAGUAUACUCAUGGUACACCUGUGGAGAAUCUAUACUCAUCUGGAAAGAUAGAAAAUUCAAACUGGGCCCAAUCACAUGCCAGUGAUGUUUUGAGGUAUUUGACUUUGUGGAAGUAUGGUGGGAUCUAUUUAGAUCUGGAUGUCAUUGUUACAAAAACUUUAGAAAACCUGUCACCAAACUAUGCAGGAGCAGAAUCGGAGAGAAAUGUGGCAGCAGGAAUAUUGAGCUUUGCUCCAACUGGUAGGGGUCAUGUGUUUGCCAACACUUGUUUGAAUGAUCUCAAAGAUCAUUUCAAUGGACAAGAUUGGGGGUACAAUGGUCCUGGAGUCAUAACUAGAUUAUUGAAAGUAAUUUGUGGGACGAAAUUGGCUAAAGAUAUGAUAAAUAAAGACUGUCAAGGAUUCACAGUGUACCCUCCAGAUCGGUUUUAUGCUGUGCCUUGGUGGAAUUGGACAAUGUACUUCAAUGAGGAGAAUAAGGAAGCUGUGAUCAAUUUAUCAAAUAAUAGUUAUGCUAUCCAUGUGUGGAACAAACACAGUGUAGAUACUAAAAUCCCUUUAACAUCCAAUGUUCCAUAUCUGUAUUUUGCCAGAAAAUAUUGUCCGAAAGUUGUUGAAGAGUGUGACGAAUUUUUCUGAUGAGUUGUUUUCUGUUAUUAACCAACCACUAUAUACCUAUUACAAACUGACAGUUUG